UACGAACUUUCACCCUCACCCUGGAUACCUAGAUAUUUAGAGAUUUGACUCUUGAAAGAUAUACUGAACAGUUACCGUUACUUGUAACUGAUCGUUACCAUUACUUGUACGGUAACUGCUUGCACGUUACCGUUACCAGGAACGGGAACUGUUCAGCAGUUACCGUUACCGGGUAACGGUGGUAACAGUAACUGGUAACUGUCACAGCCCUAGUUCUACAUUUAUUGUUUCCAGUGAAAUCACUAAAAUUAAAUAGAAACGGAUCUAUUUUACUCCGUUCAGUCAAGCCUCAGUCUCGAAUAAAACCUCAUCAGUCGUGACUCAGUCUCAGUCAUGACUGAGACUUGACCCCAUCUCUGUUAACAUAUGAUUGAAUAAAGAGAAAAAGUAAAACAAUUUGUCUCUUAAUUGUAGAAAAGAACAUUUGCUAAGAAAUCGUAUUCCUAUACCACCUAAUGAAGGUCGAUAUAUGUUUGGUGUUGUCGAUGAGACUGGACAAUUAGAAUAUGGACAGUGCUUUAUACAAUACACUAACUUAGAUUCGAUAGGUGGAGAAAGGUUCACAGUUGUCAAAGGUGAUAUUUUAGUAACGAAAAAUCCUUGUUUAUAUCCAGGUGAUUUUCGACGAUUGACAGCUGUUGAUGUUCCACAAUUGCGAGAAUGCAUUCGCGAUUGUAUCGUAUUUCCACAAAAAGGAGAGCGACCCCAUCCGAAUGAAAUUUCCGGAUCGGAUUUGGACGGCGAUCAAUACUGGGUGAGCACACGGUAAAAAGAAAAGUGUCCAAAAAAGCGCCCACUAGAAAACGUCCACGAGAAGUAUACUAAAAAAAGCAUCGACAAAAAUGAGUCCACAAAAAUUCGUCCACGCAGAGGAUUUAAGUUGGGUUG